AUUUUCCGUCAGUUGAAUAGAAAUGUUCGAUCGUAGUGGGUGUAUGCGAAUCCACUUUAUUUAAUUUACGAUUUUGUAUAAUUUUGUUACGUUUCUAAAUAUUUAAUCGUGUGUUAUUAUUUUUAGUUAUGUUCAUUUAUUUAUUGGAUUAAUAUUUUAUCGUAUUGGAAGCCAGUUUAUCGAGUUUAGGAUCAAUAAAAACAGGUGAUGUCGAGUACACCCCGAAUGGAUCGAUAUCGGUGACUUUGUGUUUCGGUAUUUAUUUUGGCGAAGAAAAGGGGUUUGCGAAGAUGGAGAAGUCUGCACGGCCGCGGACGGCGCUCAACGAGUGCGUGAAGGUGGUGGUGCGCUGCCGGCCGCUUUCCGAGAAGGAGAGGAACGAGGGCUUCGAUGAGCUAGCGAAGGAGCGACGAGAACAAAAAUGGUACGAGCGCCUGUCCGCGACUCCCGCCAAAAUUGUCGACGAGAAAAAAAAGAUUAAAGGCCCCGUACAGGUGGUGCAAGUAUGGCCGGAGCGCGGCACGGUGCAGGUGCUCAACCCCAAGGGGCAGGACAAGCUGUUCACGUACGACGCCGCGUACGACCACGCCGCCGACACGCAGACCAUCUACGAUGAGAUGGUGCGGCCACUCGUCGCGUCAGUGCUCGACGGCUUCAACGGGUGCGUGUUCGCGUACGGACAGACGGGCACGGGCAAGACGCACACGAUGGAGGGGGGCGCGGGGGACGAGGGCGUCAUCCCGCGCGCCUUCAGGCAGAUCUGGACGCACAUCGAGACGUCGGCGUCGCCUGACGUCACGCACCUCGUCUCCUGCUCUUACGUAGAGCUGUACCUUGAAGACUUGAGGGAUUUGUUGUCCAAGGACUGCAAGAAGCUCACCAUUCGGGGCCAAGAACUGAACGGGUUCUACAUCCCGGAGAUGACGUCGGUGGUGUGCAAGUCGGCGGCGGAGAUGCUGCGCGUGAUGCGCACGGGCAACCGCAGCCGCGCCGCCGGCCGCACCGACAUGAACGAGCACUCGUCGCGCUCGCACGCCGUCUUCCUCGUCACCGUCGAGAGCGCGCACCGCAAGGACAACCGCAUACGGGUAGGCAAGCUGAACCUGGUGGACCUAGCGGGCAGCGAGCGCCAGCGCAAGACGGGCGCGGGCGGCGACCGGCUGCGCGAGGCGGCGCGCAUCAACCAGGCGCUGUCCUCGCUCGGGAACGUCAUCUCCGCGCUCGCGGAGGCCAGCCCACACGUGCCCUACAGAGACUCGAAGCUGACGCGCAUCCUGCAGGACUCGCUGGGCGGCAACAGCAAGACCAUCAUGAUCGCCAACAUCGGCCCCGCCUGCUACAACUACGACGAGACCAUCACCACGCUGCGGUACGCGCACAGGGCCAAGGCCAUAAAGAACAAGCCGGUCCGCAACGAGGACCCGAAGGACGCCAAGCUGCGCGAGUACCAGGCUGAGAUCGAGCGGCUGCGCGCGCUCAUCCUGCAGCGCCGCGCGCUCGAGGCCGCGCGCCGCGUGCGCCGCGCGCCCCGCCCGCGCCCCGCGGCCGUCGCCGCGCCGCCCAACGCUGAAGACGACACGGUGAGCUUAGAGAACGAGCACAUAAUAGCGGAAUCAACGAUCGAACAGGAAAAAGUCAAAACGGAAGAGCUGGAACACCAGAUCCGCUCCCUGGAGGAGCGGCUCGUGCAGGGCGGCGGCGGCGGGAAGGAGCUGCUCAACAACCUGAACGAGAGUCAGAUGAUGUUGGAGCAGAGACAGACCGAGAUAGCUGAGAGGAAGCAGCGCGAGGUGGAGAUGCAGCAGCGCAUCGAGCUGGAGGAGGAGACCACCGCCAUAGUGACCAGCACCUUCACCACGCUGCAGCAGGAGGUCGACCACAAGACGCAGAGGUUAAAGAAGUGCCUGGGCAAGUACGCGAGCCUGCGCGAGGAGAUGGUGGAGCUGCGCGAGGCGCACGACGCGGAGCGGCGCGAGCAGGAGGCGCUGCAGGCCGCGCUCAUCGCCGAGCUGCGGCGGCGGCUGCUGCUGGCAGACUCCUUCGUGCCGCACGCCGGCCGCGCCGCCGUGCUGCGGCUGCGCUACAACGACGACGCCGACGCCUGGGAGAUGCCGCCGCACUGCGGCGCGGAGCCCUUGACGGAGCGGCCGGUGGCGGGCGGGGGCCGGCGCCCCAUGUGCGGCGGGGCGGGCGCGGCGCGGCCCGCGCGGCACCGCGCCGAGAACCUGCUGGACCUGCAGCCGCUGCCGCUGCCGCCCACCACCAGGCCCGGCCUGCCGCACCGCGCGCGGCCCCCGGCGGACACGGCGGCCCCAGUGAAGAAGGAGGCGGACGUGGAGGCCGCGGCCGCGCGGCGCCCCGUGCGGCGCCCCGCCACGGCGCAGCACCGCCUCGGCACCGCCGGCGUGAGGUAGGCCGCGCGGGGACGGGCCCGCCCGGACGGGGCUCCGCGGGCGACACGUGCCGUGUGGCCCGCGCGAGCCCCGCCGGGUGGCCGAUACAACCGCCAGGUUUAGCUAGUCGUCGUGUCGCUAUAUUUUUAUACGAACGUUUAAAUUGCCAAACGCGCUUCGACGCUUCGAUGUAUAUUUGCACUGCUGGCCGGGCACCGAGUCCGUACAACUCGGAAGAAAUAACGUGUCGGUCCGUUCCGAUACUUAUACAUAAUAAACGAGAAAUAAAUAUAAAAAUAGUAAAAUAAGUGUUGCGACGCGACGUGCCGGUAUCCCGCCGUAGAAACGCAACAGAGUGAUAAUAAAAAAGUGCGCGGGCGCAAAACGACAGAUCGUGUUAGGAAUAAAUAGUCACAAAUUCCAGUAAAAUAAAAUUGAUCUCAGUGUUGACACCCGGACGUACUCGCAGAGAGCGGAGUAUGUGGAACCGAACGUCAGUGCCUCCGGGUCGGUUAGAGAAUAGCAUACAAAAUCGAUAGCGAAGUAUUAUGAAAUAUUACCUAAUGUUAUUUUUAUCCGAAUUUUGCUUAUUGUGUCAUUUAGGUUGUCGUUUGUUUUAUAUAAUUUUAUUUUAACGUUGUUGUUUUUUGUGAAUUUUAUUUUUUGCGCUCCGUCGCCGCGGCCGCCGCGACGGAGCCCGUGAUAUUAGCUAGUUAACGAUCGUGUAUUUAAAUUUAACUGUAACACGCAAACAUUACUGGGAAACGAAUUUGUAGCGUAGUGGUAACCCGCAGUGUGUGGGGGACACCUCGUAGGGCCGAUACUUGCGGCCGAGUUAUAUUUAUGUUCAAAUGUGUUACCAAAGAUGGCAACUGUCCAUUCCAGGCGUCAUGAUAUUAUCUCCGUAACGUGAUCAUGUUCCUUUACUUGUAAAUUUGGUAGUGGAUUCGUUAUUAUAUCUCUAGACAUGGUUUCUAGUCAAUGGUUAAUGUAUACAAAUACUGUAAAUAGUUAUCCUAUCUAUGUAAUUAUUUAAAUAUUUUAGUGAUAGUGUAGUUAGGUCGCUAACUUCCGCACAAUAUUUUUUAUUAAAUCAUGGUCUAAUUUUGAAUAUUUUGGUCUAGAUUGUCAAGAAAUUGAAUGAUUAGUAUGUAACAAAGAAGGGAUAAAAAAAUCAUGUCAUUACUGUUUUAGUCUUAGAAUUUUUGUCUAUUAUUGUUUUGUAUGUAUAAAGCUUACGUGUGUGAUGUACGUAGGCGUAUACUGUAUGGACUGUACUUGGUUGGCUGUACGUAGUGUUACACUUGUACAGUGCGCAGGAGAGGGUCAUGUGAUAUGUUCGGAACCCGCUAGUCAGCUGUGCCGCGUCACGCUUAUACUCACUAAUAAAAUAUUCAACUUUUA